CACAAUCUCUCAAUUCUAUGUCUCUUAAUGAAUUGAUGGGGAACUUAGAAACCAUUGAGUUGGAGAUGAAUGAAGAUCUACGAUGUAAGAAGCUGCGUGUCAUUCCCGUUGAAAAAGAGACGCAGUGUGUUAAACACAGUGCUGGAACAUGCCGUGUUUUUCUAACUUACUACAGUGAUGGCGAUGACUCUGUUGGUGACAUUGAUCCAAAGAAGAUGCUUAUAAUUGUUGAAGAAAAAUUUCAAGAGUCGCUAUGGGUCAACAGGAAAAAAUGUAAAGUUACAGCAGCGGAUGACACAGAGGAUGAUACAGAAGAUGACACAGAGGCUGACACAACAGAAGAGCUAGCUAUUCUCCAAAGGAUGUGGGCAGAACUUCUUCAAGCCAACAAGAAAACUGUCCUUGAGAACCAUCAGCUUGUUGCCGAAGACAAGACGGGUCUCAGAUUUUCAGGUUCCGAAAGCAGCAAGACCCCACUUGACUUGUUUGUUGAUCAAAGAAAGGAAGUUGCUCAAACGGCCCCACAAAGAAGGAAGUUAGAAGCUGCAAAAUCUGCUAGAACAUCUUCUGCCAGUCCCGCUGAAGCAUCUCAUGAAGCUUCUGCUGAAACAAUUUAUGCAGCACCCUAUGCAAAAAGGCAAAGAGUUGUGACAGAAUCUAGUGUGAGAAGACACAAGGAUCAUUAUCCUAAACCUGAAAGAUUUGGGGGGCAACAAAUUAAUGUUUCCACGGUCAUUUUCAAGGUCAGGCAGAAUGCAAUGGAGGCAGCUGUUAGGAAAUGGCCUACUCUGUUGAGUGCUUUGCCUAACUAGAAAGCCAUAAUUAAUCUUUCUAGGACUUAGUCUAAAUGAUUUGUGGUUAGAAAGGUCAUAUGGAAGUUCCCAUUGGAUGGUUCCCUUAAAAAUAAUGUUUAUACUCUACAAAUUUCUCAGGAUGAAGACAAAUUUUUCAGAGACACAGGGUGAUAGUCGAUUGUCAAAGCUUGAUAAUCGAUUAUCCAAAGAUUCCCUGUCCAAAAAUUUAAAAUUCUAUCCGUUGGAGGACAACGGUAACCCAGAUAAUCGAUUGUCAACAAGUGAUAAUCGACUAUUGGUCCUCUCAGAAGUUCCUGGGUU